AGUGAGCGGAGCGCCAAAUUUAAUUUAUACAUAAAAAAUUUCACGAAAACUAUAAUUUUCUCCGUAUUAUUACAUUGGUUUAUCUGUUAUACUUACCUAAAAAGGGAUGUUAGCAUUUCCAGCACAUAAGCAGGGAGAACAGGAAACCGCUCAACAUCCACUUCAGAGGUCAAUUUUACAAAAACAUUUAAAGAAUCUGAAAUACAUUCAUAAUUCCGCCAACAAUCCUGAAUAUCCAAAAGAUCCCAAGGAAAAAGAUGAUGAAAGCAAGAAGAGCAAAUUUGUUAUUAUUGGAUCCAUAACAAACGCAUAUUUCAUUUAUUGCGUUAAAGUUGUACAAAAAUUGCACAGAUAUAAAUCCAAAAUUUACAGUGCUCCAAUCAUAAGAGGUGUAACAAAAGUAGACUGGCCAAUGGUGUACGCUGAAUUGAGGGUUCAAUAUGGUGAAGCCAUAGCUUGUAAUCAAAACGAAGUGGUUGUGAUUCUCGACGGUGAGGCUUUAGGCGGCGAAGUGGAGCUGAAGAAGUAUGUGGAAGAACGUUACACCAUGUACUUGGCUGUCGAUUAUUAUGACGAAAUCGUAAAAGAGUUCGUCAGAUUUGUUGACUCGUCUAAGAGACCGUUUGCCUAUAUGCACAUUUGUAUCGAUGAAGAAAUAAUUGGUACGUUAAUAUUCAUGUUAUAUGCUGAUAAGGUUCCAAUAACAUGCGAGAACUUUCUGCGCCUAUGUGUGGCUAAGAAAGGCGGCUACUGUGGGACUCCGGUCCACCGGAUAGUGAAAGACGGCUGGAUCCAGUGUGGUGGUUAUGGACUCGAAAACACAGCGUCUUUGAGUUGCGAAAACUUCAGCAUCCCUCAUAACCGUAGAGGCGUACUGUGCAUGGCUAAUGAUGGGAAGCACAUCGACUGCUCGACUCAAUUCUUCGUAAUGCUACAACCGCUACCAUGGAUGGACUACAAAUAUGUGGCUUUCGGGCAACUUGUUGAGGGAGAGAAAACACUGAAGAAAAUUGAAAAUGUGGCAACUUACUACGAGUCGCCAUUGUCCAAGAUAAUUAUAUGCAGAGCUGGGGUCUUGAACCUGUAUUGCAAUGAUGUGCCUUUAAACUAUGGCGCCAUGGAAUAUAUACAAGGUCAUAUUGAAGAUCUGGUAGCUUUAGCGGAUUAUCUUUGGGAGGUCAUAUUGAACCAAACAUUUUUAGCGAUGGAAUUUAAGAUGGUGUCACGUCUUAGCGAACGAGGAGAGGGGUAUGGAGAACAAGAUUUGAUACAGAUUUAUGGAGAACAGAUGGAGAUGCAUGCUACACAAAGGUUCAUGGGGAUCUCUCAGGAGCUAGCGAAAAGUAAAAUUCAGAGUAUCGCAGAGGCAGCAACACUAGCAACAGAGGAUAACAUUGAUUUCGACGUGGAAACCUACACUUACGAAGCGGAGAAUGAGACGACAGCCACUACUAAGAGUAUUGUUGUGAAGCCUGAAGUGCCCUAUUAUAUUCCGCUGACGGAUGUGCCGUAUCCUGGCGAAGUGGAUUCUGUUUAUGACUUGAAAAAAUUACUUAAAGGCGAUUACUGCUUGGAGUCUGAUCUAAAUCCUAAUGACGAAAAAACAAAGGCCAUAGUGCUAAAUAAGCAAACAUUUUCUCCAGAAGCUAUAUUUGAUGACGAUGUUUCUUCCGCAGCGUCUGAUCUAUCUUUUGACUCACAUGAGGAGAUGCAAGCGCGAAAGUAUUUGAGGUUGAACUCCGACAUCGCAAGUUUUGCGGGUAACAUUGUGAAAGGCAUCGUAAAAUCAGCAAAGAAUAUUAAUACUGAAAACUUCUUGAAUUCCAAAGUCAUCACAGACGAAGGGUUAAGAAGAUUGAGGUUAGCAGCAAAAGAGCAAGCUGACCCCCAAGACCAUACCGAGGAUAAAAAAGUGUCGAUAUCAGCCCGUGCGGCGCGACACAGCGCUCGCGCCAUCCAGCGGCGGCCGACCGGGUUCAUCCGACACUACGACAUAGACGAGCUGGGGUCGCAGAGUAGCAUGGACCGCGUCACUGAGGGGAGCAGGAAAGUCCGUAUAGCCAGUGAAUGGAAGGUGGAUGAGGCUGAGGAAGACGAGGCCGGCCCGCCGUCGGCCCUGCAGAGACUGUUCGACCAGGUCGCGCGCGCCUUGUGCAAUGAUGAUGACCAGCCGCUGAGGGAUCCCAAGUCAUCAAACGAAAUGAAGCAAAAGUUCCUAAUGAUGAGAUGUUCCCCGCUGUCCUGCUUGCACUACGGCGGCGACGACCAAACAUUGCAGAACUACCCGCCAGAAGGAAUAUUACGCGACAACUUACUAGAAAUCCAGCACGGAAAAGCGUUAGAACGAAACAUAUCAAACGAUUACGUCAGAGGCAUAGAGGAGGUUCAACAGAAAUUUGGAAAAAGAUCUCUGAGGGCUAUAGAGUUUGCAAAGAUCAGGAGGUCUAUAACUGUGCAGCAAUAUCAGGAAAGAAACAGGGAAAGGCAAACACUGAUUGGCGUUGGGAAACCAAACGCAUUUCAUGAACAGCUGUAGUUUGCGUGAAGUGUCCAAAUUUUAUUAUCAAGUGCACUUGCACUGAAUAUGUUAUGCUCGUUUUUUAUGUAGGUUAUCUAUUGUUUUUUUUUGAGAAUUUUUGUUAACAAGUUUUAAAUUAUAGUUCAAAAAUUAAACGAAUUCGUAAAAUCAA